UUAUAUUUUCAUUUGAAAUUAUUUACAUGCUUGUUUAAAAUCGCCUAUCAAAAAUAAAAGUAAUUUAUUCGCUCUUAACAAAAAAUUAAUACUUCCAAUAGUAAGUAUAUUAGGUGAAUUUCGAAUGAGCUUGCUAGUCUACUGAUAAAUGUGUUAUUGAUAAUAAGUUAAUAUUAGUGAAUAGAUAUAGCUACGAUAAGAGGGAAUGUUUUUUAUGCGAAACGUAUAUCUAGUCAUUACUUUCAUAUAUGUAAGACUAAUAAUCAAGGGCACUGUCAGUAUUUCUUCCAAAUGUGGGAAGAUUCACAACAUUAAAGAGAAUAAUACUACGUUAUGUUCGUUAUAGAAUAUGUCUGCGGAGUCUCACGCCGAACACGCUAUUCAUGAUGAGGACAUACACGACAGCACGUACCAGCCACCACCGGAAAAGACUAUUGAGGAAAUAAUGGCUGUAGACCAAGAGGAUGAGAGUUUACGUCGCUAUAAAGAGGCUUUGUUGGGGUCUGCACAGGCUGAAAAAAUUAUUGUCGAUGCAAAUGAUCAACGCAAAGUGAUCGUGAAAAAAUUGGCUUUGGUAGUUGAAGGUCGAGAUGAUAUGGAGCUGGAUUUAACAGGCGAUCUAAGUCAACUAAAGAAACAGGUAUUCGUCAUUAAAGAAGGAGUUCACUAUAAAGUGCGCAUAGAUUUUAUUGUGCAAAGAGAGAUUGUUCAUGGCCUUAAAUACGUACAAAAGACUUAUAGAUUGGGUGUACCAGUUGUUGUUGAUAAAAUGACCCAUAUGGUUGGCUCAUAUCCACCGAAAAAAGAAAUUCAGUUCUACUUAACACCAUCUGAAGAAGCACCAGCAGGCCUGAUGGCACGUGGUACAUAUUCAGUUGCAUCGCUAUUCACCGACGACGAUAAGCACAUACACUUGAAAUGGGAUUGGACUUUCGAAAUAAAAAAAGAUUGGGAAUAAAGAAGUGCCAAAAUGAUCGGAAGCUAUCAUAACUCUUAAAAUAUAAUAAGUUUUUAACUGAAACAUGAUCUUCUAAAGCAAUUUUUACGCCAUUCGUAAGAACUGAAUCUGUUUGCUUCCUUUAAUUUAAGAAAAAGUGAAAACUAAAGUAUUCUAAAUUGUGUAUUUAAGCAAUGACAGUCGCCAGUUUUGAUAUAUGUAUAGCAUUUCAAAAUUUUAUUUCUUUACUUUAAUAAAUUUGUUUUUUUUUUUGAGUUGUGUACACAUAAGAUCAUAUUUUAUUUAACUUUGAUACCUCAUGUAUUUUUUCACUAUAUAAUCUGAUGGCAUUAAUAUAAAUUUGUGGAAAACGUAUAUCAAUAAUUCCUCAAUAAACUCGGAAUGCUCUUUUGCCUUUAAGUAAAUUGUGUAACAUAAAUAAAGAGUAUAUUUCUCACCAGUUUGCAAAAUUGUAGAAUUACUUUCAGAGUAUUAAUUAUUUGGGGUAUGUUCAUUGUUGAAUAAUAGUUUAAAAAUGUAAAGCCGACACUAAAACAUAUAAAAAAAUGCUUGCAUUAGUACAUAAUAAUGCAAUAAUUAUUUACUAACAAACUGACCAUUAACUAUGAAAAAAUACCUAUAAGAGUUGCAAUCUGCAUAGCUCCCACAAUCGAAACAAAAGUAUUUGUAAUCAAAAUAAAGGAAUACAAAUUUUAUUACAAAGAAAAUAUUAAAGCGAUGCAGAUAUUAAUGGUUGGAAGCUAAUUGAAAAUAUCCGCGUAUUAUUCAGAAAAAUUUAAAUGUAUAUACAUUGAUGAUAGACGGAUUAUCUAAAUAAACCAAAUUUACUUUAUAUUUGGAAUAUUUUACAAAAAAUGUAAUCAGUAUAAGCAGUUUGGAAAUACAGAAUAUUUGUAAUUGAAA